AUGUUAGAUCAUAGAAACCUUGGCGGCGAGGAAGAGGGCGUGGAAACGGGCGUUCCCGCAGCCCAAGAUCAUGCUCAGAAGAAAUACAAGUGUCCUCAGUGUCCUAGUAGCUUCAAGCGACCCGAAAACUUGAAGAGACAUCAGCGUGGCCAUGAUGAAACCAGGAGAUUCAUGUGCCAAGUGUGCGACAAGAGUUUUGCACGGAGUGACAUUUUAGGUCGACAUGUAUCGACUCAUAUGCCGCUCGAGCGAUCAAACGAUAACCCACACAGAAGACGAGCGUGUCAUGAAUGCGCGAGGGCCCGAGAACGAUGCUCGCGAGGAGAGCCUUGUCGACGGUGUACGGUAAAAUCCUUAUCAUGUCUCUAUCCAGAAGAGCAUCAAUUCAAGACCAUGACGCCGAGUAGCUCUAGCCCUUCGACCUCCGAAUCAGGUCAUUACCACGGAACCACUGGAGUUGGAUGGUUUCGUCCCCAGUCGCCGCCACCGGGCUCUCUCUAUACACCAGGGUAUACCCUGUUGCAAGAUGUGGAAUCCCCGGAAUGGCCAAUCGACAGCUCCCCAGGUCCAUCUAGAGGACCAUCUGCAUUUUCGGCCUCGCCCUAUAAGGAGGCCCAUCCCUACCAGUCAGACCUGCCAUCACCUUUGACAUACGAUGCUCUUUCACUUGGAGACGAGAGAACGGCUCCAUGGCCUACAGGAAACUUCGGCAUAAGUGACAUGAGGUUUGUAACGGGCAGCCCUCAGCCAGAAGCAGUGGGAAUCUAUGGUCAAACAACCAAUAUGUCUUUAGAUCUGACUUCGAUUUCAAGCCCAAUGGGCUUUCACCAACCUGCCCUCUCUCCCGAGCCGCUGGACUAUUUUCAUAACCAACCCCUUGACGGGGGACACUUCAACGCCGAUUUUUAUCCACAAGAUGUACAUGAUACAAGUCAAGCAGCAAGCUUGAACUACUGGACUUGUUUAAAAAGUCACGAGCAUCAUCAUGUCGAUUUUCAAGCACCUGAAAUCGAUUACGACCAUCGAGAAAUCUAUUUCCAAUUUGGUACCUGA